AUGGAGGUUCCAGGUUCAUCGAAGAAGAUGAUCGCAACGCAGGAAGAGAUGGUCACAGCAAAAGUACCUCUCGGUUACAGAGAUCAGUGCGCUCAUCUCCUGAUUCCGCUCAACAAAUGUCGCCAGGCCGAGUUUUUCCUCCCGUGGAAGUGCGAGGAUGAGCGACACGUGUACGAGAAGUGCGAGUACGAGCUCGUGAUGGAGAGGAUGCUCGCGAUGAAGAAGAUCCGUGAGGAAGAGGCCAAGGCUAAACAGAAUAAGUUACAAGGGAGUGGUGUUCCUCUUAUCCCUAAAACCGCUAAUGCUUAGCCGCCCGUCCUUGAUUCGAUCUUUCGGCUUCCCGGGAUUCUCUGACGGUGGGGCUCUGCUUUUCAGUAUUUUGUUCUUGUUGGUGAUGAAAAAUUUGUUGCUACAUUUUCAAAGAUUAUCUUCCUUUUCGUUUUUUUGUCUUCCUCUUGUUUAACUUGUGAAACUGUUUCACAUAAAAAAUAAGACGCAAACACUCAUCUUUUCUGUUGGUUUCCUAUCUUUAACCUCUGAGAAAGAAAGAAAAUUAAACAUGUUAUGUAUAAUAUAAACAAUUAAAUUUAUUCAGCC